AUGGCUAGAAUAGAAAUGUCGUUACUACCAGAUGACGAACCCUGGCAAGCCUUCGAGACGCCUAUCUUUGUUGUGCAAGCAUUGGUAUUGCACAGAAGUCUGGACGAGCACGCAUUGCUGCUGUGCGCCUACGUGGCGACAGCCAAUAGUGCUCUUCUGAAACUCCACGAGGAAGAGAACACUUCACACGACAAUAACUUCAGCCAAUCCUCACGAUUUAUCUCGACAAUGUCGGACGAGCUAGCUCCCUCCCACGAAUACCAACAUAUUGGUGAGGGCGAGAUCCGGUUGCUGGAGCUGGAGCCUUCGUUAUGCUUCCACAACAAGAUUGUUGGCACUCUUCACAAGGUGGAGCUAUUCGACUCAAGCUUUGAGGCCCUCUCAUAUGCCUGGGGUGACGGCAUGGUCUCCAGAAAAAUCAGCUGCGACUCCGUUGCAGUUUCGAUCGCCGCCAAUUGGGACACCGCGCUUCGCUAUCUGCGAUUGAAGAAAAGGUCGAGAAGACUAUGGGUCGAUGGUCUGUGUAUCAACCAAUCGGAUGUCAUCGAGAAAGAGUCCCAAGUUCGACUCAUGCCUGACAUAUACCGAGAAGCACGCCGCUGCAUCAUCUGGUUGGGCGAGGCUACUGCGGACACCAAGGACCUGUUUCGUGCUGCUCGCCUUUGUCGUCUGCUGCCAGACCCAGUAAGCGUACCGUUCAAGGUGCACUUCAAGAUUAGCCUUCUACUCAAGAAUCUGGGUGAGUGA